CCGGGUGAAAGGUCAUGUUUCCUGGUUUGAAAAUGCUAACAACAACAAAAACGUGUAGCCGGAUGACCGAACGCGGUUGUGGUUUUAAAAGGGUUUUAUGAAAUGUUUUGGACCGUUUUGUAUGUGGUGCUUGUGUAGCAGCUCCGCCAGUAUUCCUAAGGAGCAGCUUCACCUGUCAGCAUGCAGGCAGAGCUCCUGAUUGGAUGGCAGCGAGAGAAGGCGGAGCUUCAGAGGGAAGUGUGUCGUCUGCAGGAGGAGCUGGCUGAGAGUGGAGCAGAGAAAGAGGAGCUGGAGUCCAGGAGCAGAGCUCUGGAGGACAGGUUCAUCCAGUCAUUGUCUCCCUCGCUCGCCCUCUCUCUGCGGGGGGAGAGUGAGCAGAGGGAGUGGAAGAGAAGGGUGAGGGAGGGGAGAGAGAGGGAGGCCAGACAGGCUCUGCUCAUCCACCGCCUGCAGAACAAGGUCUUUGAGUACAGAGAUCGAUGUCAGCGAUCAGACCUUCACCUGGAGGAUGUGAGCAGCCAUGUGCUCAGCGCCGAGCAGAGGAUUAGGGAUGAACACAGUGACUCCCUGGAGAGCGCCCUCAUCCGGCUGGAAGAGGAACAACAGAGGUCUCUGGGAUUGGUGGAAACAAACACUAUCCUCCAGGAGCAACUCAGCCAAUCAGAGCAGGCCAACCAGGCCCUGAGGGAGGAACGCCAGAAGCUGACGUCUGAUUGGACCAGAGCGUUAGAGGAGGCGGGGCAGAAAGAGAAUGAAUGGCGGAGAGAGAGAGAGUGUCUAACAGGUCAUGUGGGUCAGCACCAGGCUCGGUUACUUUCACUUUGGACAUCCGUGGUCGCUCUGAGGAGACACUGUCACACUGUUAAAACCGCCGCCGACAGGGAUCUUUGGCAGCUCAGAGCGGAGUUUUCUCGUCUCUCCUCCUCUCUCCUGUCCAGCUGUGACUCUGUCUCCUCUUCUCUGAGGCUCAAAGCUCCUCUGGUCAAACCCUUCUCCUCUGCCCCCCCAGCUAUCGUCCCCCUUACUCCUCACUCACCCCCCACUCUUCAGGACCCCUCAUCACCCCUACCUCCUCUCAUCGCCUCCUCCAACCUGGGAACCUUCUCCUUAGGAGAAGUGCAGCCCCAAGAUGAACAGCAGGAGGAGGAGAAUGAGGGACUGGGGGGAGAGAAGAAGAGGUUGGAGGAGGAGAGGGAGGGACUGGAUGAGGAGAAGAAGCUGUUGAAGGAGGAGAGGGAGGGACUGGAGGAGGAAAAUAAGAGGUUGGAGGAGAAGAAGGAAGGACUGGAGGGAGAGAAGAAGAGAUUGAAGGAGGAGAGGGAGGGACAGGAGGAGGAGGAGAAGAGGUUGAAGGAGGAGAGGGAGGGACUGGAUGAGGAGAAGAAGAGGUUGAAGGAGGAGAGGGAGGGACUGGAGGAGGAGGAGAAGAGGUUGAAGGAGGAGAGGGAGGGACUGGAGGAGGAGAAGAAGAUGUUGAAGGAGGAGAGGGAGGGACUGGAGGAGGAGAAUAAGAGGUUGACGGAGGAGAGGGAGGGACUGGAGGAGGAGAAGAAGAGGUUGAAGGAGGAGAGGGAGGGACUAGACGAAGAAAAUAAGAGGUUGGAGGAGAAAAAGGAGGGACUGGCGGGAGAGAAGAAGAGGUUGAAGGAGGAGAGGGAGGGACUGGAGGAGGAGGAGAAGAAUAUGUUGGAGGAGAGGGAGGGACUGGAGGAGGAGAAGAAGAGGUUGGAGGAGGAGAGGGAGGGACUGGAGGAGGAGAAGAAGCAAGAGGUGACCAAGUUGCAGCUCCUUCAUGAGACCAAAGUUGCGGAGUGGACAGAACGCAUUGAGGAGCUGUAUUGCUCUCUGCAGGCUGAGGACCAUCAGAAGGAGGAGCAGAGACAAGGAGACGCAGAGUGUUGUCUUGAAUCGGUCAAACUGGGGGCGGAGCUACCUCUACAGCAGCUCGGAGGGGAGAAAACAGAUGUUCAGCUCCGACUGAAACAGCUGGAAGACAAACACCAGUUGAUGAUCCAACGCACACAGCUGGAGCUCACGCAUACUCUGGCCCUUCUUAGCAGGGAGCGUGGGACGUCGUCCUCGCUGCGUCUCCGGUUGGAGGGGAUGGAGAGAGAAACACUCAGACGAGUGGAGGCUGCCGACGUGGGGAAGGUCCAGCUGACGGAGGUCCUCACCCUGAAGGGGGCGCUGGAGAGGCAGCAGCUGGACCGACAGAGAGCAGAAGAAGAAGCUGCCGACAUCAGAGACGCUUUGCAGAAGUCCAGAGACGAUGUGUUGAGGCUCUCCUCCUCUGAGUGUGUCUUGAGGAGGGAGGUGGAGGAUGCUUGUGAUGCUGUGAACAAGAUGGCCGCCCUGAACUCCUGUCUGGCUCUAGACAAGAAGGAGCUGAGCCAGCAGCUACUGAAGCUGGAGUGUGAGCUGCAGGGGGCGAGGUCAGAGGUCACCUCUCUGCAGAGAGAGGUCGACACCAUCAACCUGGACUGCAGCCGACUCAGGGCUCAGAGAGAGGAGGAGGCUGACGUCAUUCGUCGACUCAGAGGAGCAGAGAGAGAGAUGGAGAGGACUCUGCAGGAGAAGGAGAGACAGUUGCUCCUGCUGAUGGAGGAAAGAGGGAGUGAGGGAGGUCAGCUGGAAGAGCUGUCCUCCCAGCAUGCCUCUGUGUGCUCGGAGCUAAAGGAGGCGCAGCAGCAGCUGAGGCAGUCAGAGGAGCAGGUCAGAAGGAGAGAGCGGCAGCAGAAGGAGCAACAGAGGGAGAGCAGGUGGCUGCAGGAGGAGCAGGGGCAUCUGCAGGGGCAGAGGGAGCAGCUGGAGGAGGAGGUGCAGGAGCUCAGGAGGCUCUCGCUGUCUCUCCAGGAGCAGCUGGCUCAGCAGCAGAAGGAGCUGUCACAGUCGGAGGUGGAGCGCUGUCAGCUGGUCACACACGUCGUCACGGUGCAGCAGGUCAAAGAGGCCUUAAGAGGAGAAAUUGAGUGUCUACGAGGAGAGCUGGAAAGAACCACAGCCGGGAGAGAAGAACAGAAGAGGAGGGGGGAGGAGGAGAAGGAGGCUCUAAGGGAAGAGACUGAGAGGCUGUCGAGGGAGGUGGAAGACUUGAGGAGGAGAAGGAGGGAAGAUGAAGAGGAACUGGAGGUCUGGCAGAGAGAAAGGGAGGCUCUGAACGAGGCGCUUGGGACGAAGGACGGGGAGGUGGAGGCGCUGAGGAGGCGCAUAGAGGGGCUGAUGGAGGAGGAGCAGGACAGACAAAAGGAGGUAGAGAGGCUGAGGGAGGAGGUGACAAAGAGGGAGGUGCGUAUAGGCCACAUGAUGGAGAUGAUUCAGCAGGAGGAGGCAAGAUUGGAGGUGGAGGAGAAGGAGAAGAGGACAGAGGUCCGGCUGAGGGAAGAGGAGGUGAGAAGAGAGGAGGAGAUUGAGGCACUGUGUGACCGGAUGGAGAGAUUCGAACGCGAGAAGGAGAUGAGGGAGGAGGAGAUUGGGCGAUUGAGGAAGGAAGCAGAGGAGGCAAAAAGAUGGAGGAGGAGAAUGGAGGAGGAGGUUAACAUACUAAGAAAAAAAAACUCUGAGCUAGAGGAGGAGAAGAGAGAGAAGGAGAUACUGCAAGACAAAGAGGAGUAUGAUAGAAGGAGAAGGGAAGAGGAGGUAGACCAACUCAGAGGGGAGGUGAUUAGAGCAGAGGGGGAGGUGGUGAGGCUGAUGGAGAAGGUGGCGGAAGUGGAGCUACUGAGGGUGAGGCUGAAUGUGGCCAAGGAGGAAUGUGAGGAGAUGAAAGAGGAGGUAGAGCGGUUGGAGCGCAGCCUGGAGCGACAGAUAAGCGCUGUGAGGGAGAGGGAGGAGGAGGUGGAGGAGCUGAAGGAGCAGAUGAGGUUAGCAAAAGAGCAGAAGGAGGAGGGAGAAAGAGAGUGUCAGGAGGCAAACUUCGAACUGAAGAAGAGAGCAGGGAGGGAGGAGCAGUUGGAGGCGCUGCUGAAAGAAGCCCGGCUCCUCCUACAGACAGAGAGGAGUGAGGGACGAGAAAAGGAUGUCACGCUCUCCUCUCAGGCCAGAGAGCUGCAGGCAGCACAGGCUGAAAAGGAGGGAGAGAGGAGGAGAGCCAGAGAAAGGGAGGAGGACUGCGAUAGGCUAGAGGAGGAGGUGAAGGAGUGGAGGGAGCAGGCUGAGCGGAGGAUGAGGGAGAUGACAAAGUUGAACCAAAUCCUGAAGAAGCGAGAGGAGGAGGCGCAGUACCUAAAAACUAUGCUGGAGGAGAAGGAGGAAGAGGAUGGGAGAGAAAGGGAUGCACUGAGAAGAAUUGAGCUGGACAGGAGGAGACGACUGGAUAAUACGCUGAUGGACAUGGAGGAGGAGCAGAGAACACUUAAAGAGAAAGUGAGAGGGGUGGAGGAGGAGCGGGAGAAAGAGAUGGAAGCACUGAGGAGAGCAAGGGAGCAAAGGAGGACGCUGGAUGAAAGGUUAGAGGAUAUGGAGAGGGAGGUGCAGGAGAAAAGAGUACAUCUGAGUAAGACGGAGGAGGAAAAGAGUAAGCUUGAGGAGGAGCUGAAGGAGGAAAAAGAGGAGAAAAGGAAACUGGCAGAAGCUAAUAGAAGGCAGCACCUUCUGUUAGAGGAAGGUGGGAGGUCCAGAACGAGAGAGUUGGAGGAGGAGAAGGCGAGACUAUCAGUGGAACUUUGGCAGAGUAGGAGGGAGGUGAAGGUUCUCAGGGAGGAGGUGCAGAAGGUGCAGGAGGAGAAGGAUUACUUCCAAAAGACAAUAAUGGCAACAGAGAAGGAUAUGAACGCUCUCAGAGAGGAGGUGCAAAAGGAGCACACAGAAAAGGAGCAUGCCCAAGAGACGUUAUUCACAAAAGAGAAGGAGGUGAAUGCUCUCAGAGAGGAGGUGCAGAAGGUGCAGGAGGAGAAGGAUCAAGUCCAAAAGACGUUAAUGGCAACAGAGAAGAAUAUGAAUGCUCUCAGAGAGGAGGUGCAAAGGGAGCACACAGAAAAGGAGCAUGUCCAAGAGACGUUAAUGAAAAAAGAGAAGGAGGUGAAUGCUCUCAGAGAGGAUGUACAGAAGGAGCAGAAGGAAAAGGAGCAUGUCCAAGAGACGUUAAUGACAAAAGAGAAGGAGGUGAAUGCUCUCAGAGAGGAGGUACAAAAGGAGCUGAAGGAGAAGGAGCAUUUCCAUGAGACAUUAAUGACAAAAGAUAAGGAGGUGAAUGCUCUCAGAGAGGAGGUACAAAAGGAGCUUAAGGAGAAGGAUCAAGUCCAAAAAACGUUAAUGGCAACAGAGAAGGAUAUGAAUGCUCUCAGAGAGGAGGUGCAAAAGGAGCACACAGAAAAGGAGCAUGCCCAAGAGACGUUAUUUACAAAAGAGAGGGAGGUGAAUGCUCUCAGAGAGCAGGUACAGAAGGAGAAGGAAGAUGUCCGAGCUACCUUAAUGACAAAAGAGAAGGAGGUGAAUGCUCUCAGAGAAGAGGUACAAAAGGAGCAUAAGGAGAAGGAGCAUUUCCAAGAGACGUUAAAGACAAAAGAGAAGGAGGUGAAUGCUCUCAGAGAAGAUGUACAGAAGGAGCAGAAGGAGGAGCAUUUCCAAAAGAUGUUAAUGACAAAAGAGAAGGAGGUGAAUGCUCUCAGAGAGGAGGUGCAGAAGGUGCAGGAGGAGAAGGAUCAAGUCCAAAAGACGUUAAUGGCAACAGAGAAGGAUAUGAAUGCUCUCAGAGAGGAGGUGCAAAAGGAGCACACAGAAAAGGAGCAUGCCCAAGAGAUGUUAUUUACAAAAGAGAGGGAGGUGAAUGCUCACAGAGAGCAGGUACAGAAGGAGCAGAAGGAGAAGGAAGAUGUCCGAGCUACCUUAAUGACAAAAGAGAAGGAGGUGAAUGCUCUCAGAGAGGAGGUACAAAAGGAGCAUACGGAGAAGGAGCAUUUCCAAGAGACGUUAAUGACAAAAGAGAAGCAGGUGAAUGCUCUCAGAGAGGAGGUACAGAAGGAGCAGAAGGAGAAGGAGGAUGUCCAAGAGACGUUGAUGACAAGCGAGAAGGAGGUGAAUGCUCUCAGAGAGGAGGUACAGAAGGAGAAGGAGCAUUUUCAAGAGACGUUAAUGACAAAAGAGAAGGAGGUGAAUGCUCUCAGAGAGGAGGUACAGAAGGAGAAGGAGGAUGUCCAAGAGACGUUGAUGACAAAAGAGAAGGAGGUGAAUGCUCUCAGAGAGAAGGUACAGAAGGAGCAGAAGGAGAAGGAGCAUUUUCAAGAGACGUUAAUGACAAAAGAGAAGGAGGUGAAUGCUCUCAGAGAGGAGGUACAGAAGGAGCAGAAGGAGAAGGAGCAUUUUCAAGAGACGUUAAUGACAAAAGAGAAGGAGGUGAAUGCUCUCAGAGAGGAGGUACAGAAGGAGCAGAAGGAGAAGGAGCAUGUCCAAGAGACGUUAAUGACAAAAGAGAAGGAGGUGAAUGCUCUCAGAGAGGAGGAGAGCCACACAGAGGAGGAGCGUCUGAGGAGAAUCCUGAAGGAGGAGGUAGAGAGGUCCAGAGAGGAGGCGGAGAAGGAGAGAGGAGAGGUGGAGGAGCUGAGAGCCAGAGCCAAUGCCCUGGAGAGGAGGAGAAGGGAGAUGAUGGACGAGCUGGAGGAGGCCCAACAGGCAAAGGAGAAGGCAGAGGAGCACAUGCGAGAUGCCGAGGAGAGGUUGAGGAACAGAGUGGAAGGGGUGGAGGAUGAGGAGAAGGAGGUGAAGCUGAAAGCUCUGUCAAGAGAAGUCCAGAGGCUGAGGAAGAGAGAGCAGGAGAUUGAGAAGGAGUGGCGGUCAAGGGUGGAGGAGGCAAGGAAGGAAGGGCAGGAGAGCCAUUUCAGAGUCACGAUGAAGGAGCAGAAUGAACGGAGGAAGAGAGGCCGAGAGACAAACAACAAGGAGAAAGGAGGUGGAGAAGGAGGAGGAGAAGAGGAGGACCAGCAGCAGGAUGAGGAGGAGGAGGAGGAGGAGCAGCAGAUUAGGAAGCUGCUGAAACAAAGAGAAGCUGAGGUGUACGCUCUGACUCAGAGGACAGAGGAGCUGGAGAAAGACAGAGAUCGUGUCCGAUUGGCUCUGGAGCAAACACAGGUGGCUAUGAUUGGCUACAGGGAGAGAGCCAACCUACAGGAGCAGACCCUGGGGGCGGGGUCUAGCCCAGAUCAGGCGGCCGGAGAUAGACUGGUGGUGCUGCAACAUCUGGUGGCUCAACUGGAGCUCGAUCAGAAACGGGUCCACUACAAGACCUGUCACCUUGAACAUCAGAGAGACCGGUUGAAGAGAGACAGACGGGCACUCAGGGACGCGCUGAGACAGGUGGAGGCGGAGCGUUCAAGCUUCAGACAGCAGCUAACUGACAGCACCAGAUCUCAGGAGUCUACAGACACCACAGAAGAAGAACACCUGAGGGAAAGAGUCAGGGAGCUGGAGGAGCAGGUCAGCCGGCUACGUCUCUUAUUGGCUGCCGACCAGCAGCAGAGGGCAGAGUUCAUCCAGCAGUCCUCCAGGAACAGCCAAUGGCUGCUCUCUCUGAGACACAACCUCAGGGAUUCACUGGACGCCGUCACGCGUUGUCCAAUCCCAUCCGUCCUGGUGACUGAGACGCAGCGAUUGGACCGCAGCCUCAGAGAGGAGGAGCUUAGGUUGUCCCUUAGCCAAUCGUAAUGCCUGAAUACUAAAAACACUUCUGAGAACCAAAUGAGCAGAAUUGUGAGACCUGAGAUACAUGGAAUAUAUACAUAGACGUUUUACUGUAUUUUUAUACAGAGUACAAAGUUAUCUUUACUCUGCUUUUAUACUUCUUUACUUGUUUUAUGAGCCAGUUUAUAGGUCAAUGAGUUUGUUAUUGUUUUGUAUUUCUGUUUUGACUAUGUUUCCUAUGAUCCUCUAGCUUGGCUCAUGUGAGGGUCAUAGGUCAACUGUGUUUUUGUGAAGCUCAAUAAACACCAAGGCUUUGAUAAGAGGUUGUAAUUUUCAAUGUUGUGAUGCUCUGGGCAGCCUCCAAAGAGCGAUACAGCAUCAGCUGGACAAACCCUUUCUACUCCAAUACAGGCUUAUAAUGUGAGAGUGAAUGAUUGUUUAUCUCUCCAUCAGCGCCCAAAUGUUUGUCUUUUAUUGAUAUUUUAUUGUUUUGUUGUGAAACUGUUGAAGAUAACAUUACAUUUUGAACAUAGUGAAUGUAGCUAUUUAACUACGUUACGCCUGGAACAUAGCUAGGCCAGCUAGCUAGCUAAUUAAGGUUAAACUUAGCUAGCUAUUGAUUUAACGUUACAAUUAGAACAUAGAUAAAUUAGCCAGCUUUACACUUGCAUCUUAAGUUAGCUAAGCUAGUUACCAAGCUAACAGCAGUGGCAUACUAACUAAAGAGAUAUAUACAUAUAUAGAGUACCUUCAUAGGACCCCACUGUUAAACAUCCUUACUUACUUACUUAAAGAGUACUGGUUCAGUACAUUCAUUUCCUUCAACACGACACUAUAUUUAGAGAAGGUGUUGUCUCCUCAUGACUAACCGGGUCACUUCUUUUCCGGAUCGGGUUUCGCCUAAUUCUGGUUCUCCAGUGACACCGCUGAGCUAAUGUUAGCUCCCGCUAUGGUUCCACAGAGUGAGCAGCUUCUCCAGAUAACCCACAAGUCCACUGUGAUAAGUGCGAGAGGAGUCACUCUGGGGACCUAUUCGUGUUCUGUAGGAGACCAAAGGAACUUCCCAGCAAGCAGGCCCGGGUUCCCUGUAGGAACCAGACUUAACACAAGACCGGUUCAGAAGCUUUAACACUGUGUGGGAGAAAAAGAAUAUAGUCUAGAAUAAAAAGGAAGAGAAGAAGAAGAAAGAGCUACUAACAGGGUUUGUUCAUGACAACCGGAGAGACUGAGGGAUCGCGUGGAGGACAGAAGGAGACGUGUGAAGGACAGAAGGAGACAUGUGGAGGACAGAGGAGAAAGGAAGGAAGGAUGACUGUAAAAGAGAACGUGGAGCUUCCUGUCACUACUCUGAGUACUAUUGCCAUCCAGGCCGGCCAGUCUCUGCUUGUGGUCUCAGUCCUGAAGAGUGGGUCCCUAGUCCGCCUCCAGCUGGUCCAGGUUCAUCCGAGUCUUUGUGAGAUCGGAUCAAACCAGAUGGAGAACCAGACUCUGAUCCAGGAACAACAGCAGCUGAUGGAGAAACUCAAGGUCCAAACGCAGCACGCAGCAAAAUGGAUUCAUCAGAUCGGACACCUCGGACUCGGGCACAUCGUACACAUCAGACAGAUUGGACGCAUCGCACUCAUGGGACGCAUCAUACACAUGGGACAUAUUGGACACAUCAUACAUGGGGACACAUGCGACAAAUGGGACAUAUGAUAUACAUUGGGACACCCUGUCCUCUGGACACAUGGGACACAUGAAUAAUAUAACACCCACGGAACACAUCGUACACAUGGGACACAAAUAACGUACUCAUUGUACUAAUCGGAAAAAUGGGACACAGCAAUGCUGUUGAAAGUUC